GUGAAAGCCGAGGACUAAUGUAAGUCUGGAGUGUAGGAAUCUGUCGGUAACAUUUGUGUUCAGCGGUGGUGUUUUCUGGUGUAGAAAAUGGACACGUUAAAUAAACUGAAGCAGUUUGACGCUUAUCCCAAAACUCUGGAGGAUUUCCGAGUGAAGACGUGGGGAGGAGCGACCGUCACCAUCAUCAGCGGUGUCAUCAUGUUAAUUCUGUUCGUCUCUGAGCUGCAAUACUAUCUCACUAAAGAGGUUCACCCUGAGCUGUACGUCGACACGUCGCGGGGAGACAAACUGAAAAUCAACAUCGACGUCAUUUUUCCUCACAUGCCCUGCGCGUAUCUCAGUAUAGAUGCGAUGGACGUGGCCGGUGAGCAACAAUUGGACGUUGAACAUAAUCUGUUCAAACAGCGGCUGGACAAAGACCUCAAACCUGUCACCCAAGAGGCUGAUAAACAUGAUAUCACUGGAAUACAUGACAAGAAACAACUUGGUAAAGCUGACGAUGGUGAAGUGUUUGACCCCAGUACACUGGACCCAAACAGAUGUGAGAGCUGCUAUGGAGCUGAGACUGAAGACCUCAAAUGCUGUAACACUUGUGAUGAUGUGCGAGAGGCGUACCGGCGUCGAGGCUGGGCGUUCAAGAACGCCGACACCAUCGAGCAGUGUAAGAGGGAGGGCUUCACACAGAAGAUGCAGGAGCAGAAGAAUGAAGGCUGUCAGGUUUACGGCUUCUUGGAGGUCAAUAAGGUGGCAGGAAAUUUCCACUUCGCUCCAGGAAAAAGUUUCCAGCAGUCUCAUGUCCACGUGCACGCUGUGGAAAUUCAUGACCUGCAGAGUUUCGGCUUAGACAACAUAAACAUGACCCAUCUGAUAAAGCACCUGUCGUUUGGUAAAGAUUACCCCGGCAUCGUUAACCCUCUGGACGAGACAGAUGUCACAGCGCCACAAGCAUCAAUGAUGUACCAGUACUUUGUGAAAAUUGUUCCCACCAUAUAUGUGAAAACUGAUGGAGAGGUAGUAAAAACAAACCAGUUCUCAGUCACCAGGCAUGAGAAAGUGGCCAACGGACUUAUAGGAGACCAGGGCCUGCCAGGCGUGUUUGUUUUAUAUGAGCUGUCACCCAUGAUGGUUAAAUUCACAGAGAAACACAGAUCAUUCACACACUUCUUAACAGGAGUUUGUGCCAUUAUUGGAGGUGUAUUUACAGUGGCCGGUCUGAUCGAUUCGCUCAUUUACCACUCAGCUCGGGUUAUUCAGAAGAAGAUCGAGCUGGGCAAGGCGUCCUAACAGUGCCCCCUGCUGGCUUCCACGGUGCAACACAGACCAAGACACGGACACGGAGAUAGAAAGAAAAGGGACAGACAAACGGACAGGAGUAGAAGUUUGGAAACAGAAUCAAGCAGUUUGUUUUCCUUCAGUCUUUCUGUCAGAUUGAGUGAAAGAAAUACAGAGAGAUGUUUUGAAUCAGCCAAGUUUUUAAUUCCUCUGUCUCUCUUUUCGUUGUGACAAAGCACUGGAGAGGAACUUGUGGGCUUUUUCUGAAUUUUGCUCUCCACUGUUAAAUUCGUUGCCAACAGGACAGAGUCAGAAUCAGACACUGACCAGAGACUUUGAGACUGAACUCCAGCAGAGACGAGGACACCAGGCUCCAGAAGUUCCUUCAUGGGGAACAGGAACUUCCCUCCCUCCCUCCUGUUUAUGACCUGCUUCAGCGCCGUUCAGUGCUCUAAACACUACACUGAAUGCUCGUCAGAGGAUCUAUGCUCAAGCGUUUGUUCCAGAGGGGUGAGGAUGAGAGGGCAAUGAGACAUUUUAAAGGAAUUUGUCACCCACAUGUUUAAUUUUCCCAUCAGUUACUGACCCCAUGUAAACCUGGACUGCUUGAUUGGACUCGCCUUUCUUAAUGCAGCAUCACAGAAAUGUUUUCUAAUGAGUACAAGAAAAUUACAUUGUGAUAUCAAUGUAACAGAUGUAUUGAGAUCACAGAGUGAUUGGUUUGGCUGUAGGUUUAAUGAUGUCUGAUGAUAUAUUUCAUACUUUUCUUUUUUUUCAGCAAAUCCCAUGAAAAAAGACAACAAUAAUGUAUUUAAUAUAAGUAUUCUAAUGAUCCAAAGCCUGAUAUAUUUAAUUCUUCUGGGCCACACAGUGAGCCACACUGUUGCACUGGGUGAGCACACACACUGGAUUUUUUUUUGUCUCAAUCCCACACACACUACUGUGCUGCUUGAAAUGCUCACUAGAGCACCAAAAAGUAGUCACCAACAAAUAUACUAUUUUGUCGUUGUUUGAGUAACUUUUGAUAAAAAACUACAGCUGUUUAAGGGGAAAAAUCCUGAGCCACCUUUAAAGAUCUGUGGUUCAGUAGGAACAAGUGAGCUUGGGUCUUGGAGAGCCACAGACAUGAUGGAGACGUCAGAAAGUAGAGCGAAGGACUAACGCAUUGUUGGUUCUGGUCUUUUCAUGGGAUUUAUUGACACUAAGAACAAUACAGUAUUGUCUGCCUUCUAGUUCUCUCCACACGCACACUGUCUGUUUUUUAGACAAAUCAGGAAUUUAGUGUUUAAGUGUUUAAAUGUAUUAACCUUAAAUAAAAUUCCACUCCUUCAGAUAAACCCACGUUCAAUGCCAAGCAGGAUCUGAAAGGAGUAUUAGAAUACAAGUUUGCCAAACAAGUCACUUGUUUUGAUAUUGUUGAAAUCUCUCGCUCUAAUCGCUCUGUUCUCUGUGAAUGUGAGAAAGAAGUCAUCCGGUACUUCAGGCAUCAAGUUGUGAGUAGUUGCAACGAAACAUUUUGGGUGACAAGUUCCCUUAAAGACUUGCUGUAUUCAAAAUGCGUGAGACCAGCUGAUUUUCAUUUGAAACAGCUAAAACGACAGCACUUUGCAGGCAUAUUUUUUAGCCCUCGCUUGUUUUAAAGCUACUAUGUGUAGGAUUUUGUAAGUUGAGACAAUCCCAAUGGAGGUUGGUGCAGCCUGGUUUGCAUUGGAUCUGUGGGUGGUGGUGCAUGUUAGUCUAUCCUGAUAAUCGAACAGAAUUUUGUUUACGUCAUUAUUGACGUGUUCCUGUCUGAUCCAGGAUUCAAGUCCAGCUCGUCAACACAAACUUAUGCAGAUCGUACACAUAGUAGCUUUAAAAAGAAGUUGCUUUUAAGACUAAAUAAAUGACUAAAUGACUUGAACCAUGAAGGACUACCUGCAGAGUGCCAAAUUCUUUCAGUGUUGUAAGUGUUAUGGCAAAACCAACAUGUGGCUCAGUUUCUUUUGUCCCCCAGCUUUCUUUAUCUCAGAAUAUAAAAAUGAACCUUGACCAGAAAAAUCAAUGUAGCUUUUCCGACUGUGCUCUGCUUUUCUUUCUCCCCUUUCCUCGGCAUCCAUCCUCAGUGACCAACACCUCAUGUUUUAAAUUGUUUGCUACUAGAAAAUGUAUGCAAAUUCAGGCACAGUUUUUGGGAAAGUUGCCUCCCUUAUUGACAAAAUGACCCUUUUCCUGACUUUUCCCUCAACGUGAUCAUGCAGCUAUUUGGAAAUGAACACUUCACAUGAUUUUGCCUUUUUUUUUGUUUAACCUUCAGAGUGUAAAUACUGUACAGACACAUCCACCACUGCCUCAGAGAAGGGAGGGAAACUAAACCGUAUAUAACUCCCAACAGAUGAAGUGUUAUGCUGCACUGUGUCAAGUGUUAAAAUGCACUCAGAUUAGGUGAGAUUCAUUUUUAAUAUAGGGAAAAGGGCUGCUUCUAUUCUGCCUAUUUCAUUCUUUCAUUCGCUGGGAUAAGAGAACACCCUGUUAGACUGCUGUCAAACAACAUGCUUAUGUUUUUGUAUUUUAGUUUUGUAUUUUGUCUGUGGUUGUAAGGAAUGUUAAUAGGACCAUAACACAAGCAGUUGCUUAAGAUGAUGCUCCUCCCCCUGUGGUCCUGUGAGGUCUCAAAAGUGUUAUUCUCAUCCAGAAACUCAUUCAGAUAAUGACAGGGCCGGCAGGGAGGCAGCAGGAAGCUCCCGACCACAAGAACACAGCGUGUAAAUGUUGGGUUGAUUCUGACCAUAUGAGACCCAGAUGUUUCUGCUGGUUUGAUCUUUGCCUGUUGUUUGCCUCUGUUUAUUUUGACCGUCCUGAGUGUUAGAUAGACAGAAACAGACUCAGCAAGGUGAGAAUGUUGCUUUAAAAGGAAUUUGUCUGAAAAGACCACAAUGGUGGUUUCACAUGUUUUUGCCCAUUAACCACAAAUCAGGCAGUGUAUAUCACAACCUUCCAGUUUUAUUUUAAUAUAAUAUCCGAUAUUUACAGAUUGGAACUUGGUUCAUGAGUCGACUGCCUAAUAAUUCACAGUUUUUGUUCAGAAGUUCCAGAUCCUGAAGGCUCCUCUUUCACCUGCAAUACA